UCCGGGACGAUAUUUGCCAAAGGCAACCACGCAUUUAAGAAGAGUGGCACCCGAACGUAUUUAGCAUAAAUUCAGACGUAAAUCUGCAGACGAUCAAAUCAACAGGAAACGUUUGCCAAACGAUUUUAACCAGCUGUUUUAGAACUUGGAGAAUUCUCACAAAGUCGGUGUAUGUUGCAGUGAACGGAUGUUAUUGUCACCACUAAACACGUGUUUUCUUAUAUUUAUUCUCUAGUUUUGGAGCAAAAGUGUUAUAGUUACAAAAACAUGAAACUGUUUCUUAGUUUGAUUCCAAGUUGAAAUACCGGAAGAAAAAAAAAACAUCUAUCCGUGCUUGUUGUUAUUUUGCUUGGAGUGUGACAACAUUAUGCGUCAGUGACAAAAUAUUUGUGUAAGAAAGAAGAAAAUAUUCUUAGGAAUUACUGAUUUUUUUUCAAUUAAUAUAAGAUGGAUGUGAUUGAUUUGUGGGAGCUGUUGUCCUAUGUGGAUGGUUUAUCGUUCGAAACUUAUCCAUGGGAUUUAUUUUAUUUAUGUCAUCCAUCAAUCAAUAUAGAAAGAAACCAGUCCGAAAUCUCAUCCAAGACUGGCGAUGUUUCCCAUGAAGAAACAGACUACAACGAAACACAGCGGAAUGAUGACAACGAAAUCAUUUCCUUCAAUCAUGUUCCUCCGGAAGAAGUGCCUAACCAUCAGGUGGUGCAAAUAACACAUUCCAAUCAAACAUUUAUUACAGAAAAUAGUAAUGACUAUCAAAAUGCCUUAGAAUCAUCAGAUACAAGAGAGUCAAAAGAUGAAUCACUUGACCAAAGCAGCCUUCUUAUUGAUACGUCCACAGAUAUUCAAAAUAACCAGUCAUUGCAAGAAUCUAUGUUAACGCUACAGUUAUCUCUCGAAGAUAGAUCAGCACUGUCAGCUUUUGAGAAACUAAGUAAGAAAAAUCCAGAUGAGUCUAUGGAUGUUGCCAAAUUGCCUGAAAAUGCAUCAAAAAAUAGAUAUAAAGAUGUCCUGCCAUAUGAUAGUUCUCGAGUUAUUUUAAAAGAAGGAACAGAUGGUGAUUACAUAAAUGCUUCUUUUGUUCAUAUGCCUCUACCUCACCCAAGGAAACCUAAUGAAUAUAUUGCUGCCCAAGGUCCUCUUCCUCAAACAUGUAAUGAUUUUUGGCAGGUGAUUUGGGAACAAAAUGUUGGCAUCGUAGUUAUGGUGACUCCUUUAAAAGAACGGAAUCGCGUAAAAUGUCAUCAAUAUUGGCCUGAUUUGUAUCAAACUGGCAGUUAUAAUGAGAUGCAAGUAACUUGCUUCAGUGAAACUACAUCCACCACUGGUAUCACAAGAGAUUUCCUUGUAAGCCAUCAAAAGGUGAAUGAAGAGCGUCAUGUUAUUCAGUUACAAUAUGUCAACUGGCCAGAUCAUGGAGUGCCUGUUGAUUGCACCGAUUUUUUGGAAUUCGUCCAUCAACUUAGAGAUCUUCGUAGAGAUGUAGGGGGAACUGUUUUGGUUCAUUGCAGUGCUGGUGUGGGAAGAACUGGAGUUCUUAUACUUAUGGAAACAGCACUGGCAUACAUGGAUGCAGAUGAACCCAUAUAUCCUUUGGAACUACUUAAAACGAUGAGAAAUCAAAGGGUCAUGAUGGUACAAACUGUGGUCCAAUAUAAAUUUAUUUGUGAAGCUCUCCUAAAGGCAUAUAAUGAUAGAUGUAAGAAAAUGAAAGAAGAUUGAUUGUUAAAGUAGAUUCCUAGUGAUGAGCCCAAGUCUUUCCAAUGUGAUGUGAAGUGCCCCAUUAUCCUGCUGCAGCAAUUAGGGUGUUUUUUAUAAGCGUAAACUGUUCUUUAUAAUGUUGAAUACUUUUUCUAUGACUGGAACUAACUUUUAUGUGUAUAUAACAUUGUGGACAGCACAGGUGACAUCAAAUAUAGUGAUCGAUUUCCUUAAGUUGGUAAUACUAUCUAGUAUUUUACUAAUAUAAUAAGACUAUUCCAAAUAGUUUAUACAAGUGUUUUCUUGUAUUUUUGUUUAGAAAGGUUCUACUAAAUGGGAGCCUUCCUUCUUGUUAAAUGCUUUACAAAAUAUUGAAUGUAAUCAGCCUAUGCAUUUCAUAAAGUCAUUUUCAUUCAUCUGUA